AUGUCCAACUCAGAAACCUACUCCGAAACCGGUGCAACCCAGGGCUCCUCGCCCUACCAAUCCCUACUGUUCGACGAAGAAGGCGGCAGCAGCGGCAGUAGCCACCCAUGCACUAACACGCCCGAGAACCCCGGCCAAAGCCCCAGCGAGGACAACUCGCCCCCGGCGGAACCCGACGAGCUGGUGCAGCAGAUCCGAGAGACCAUCCACGCCAAACUGGCGACCGUGACCCACGAGCAGUGGUACAUAGGCGUAGAGCGGGUCACCCUCGCCGAGAUGGCCGACGAGCUCGAGCGCAAGCUGCCGGUCGAAGGCCACCCCUGGACCGUCAACCUCCUCGUCGACAUGUUGAAGGGGUUAGGCGAGCAGCGGCUCGGUCUCGCACCGCUCCACGCCAGCCCGAGGACGGACCUCUUCCCCUUGCCGCGGCGCGCGGCCAAACUCUGGACGGGGAUCCCGCUCGGCUACCGCGAGGAGGAACCGCGUCCGACGAAGUGGACCCGCUACGAGCAUGACGCGUUCUGGAGGCUGAAGAAUAGCGACGAGAACGUGUACCAUACCGAGAGGGGAUUCUCCAACUGGAUCAUCUCGCAUCCGCUCUUCUACCUUCACCAUGCCAACCUCGGUCGUCUCUGGUGGGAGUGGCAAUCUCUCGACCUGAGCGAUAGCCUCGACUACUUCGCUCACGGUAAAGACCCGACGGCGUACCAUCUCUCCUGGGACGGGGCCCACUGGAUCGGCUGGGAGCAACUCGACAGGUCGGGCUUUACUUCUCCCCUGGACGCUACAUCUUGGAGGAAGAACCAUCUGGCGGUCGGUGGACGCGGGCCGGAUAACGAUUAUGCCGUGAAUCAACGGAACGGUAGAACUUGGUCUGGGUGGCAACCGUUGGGAGGCACUGUCAUCUCCGAACCGAGUAUUGCCUCUUGGGGCCCAGGAAGGCUUGAUCUGUACGGCAUUGGAACCACUGGAAGGCUCCACCACAAACACCACGAAGGUGGAAAGUGGUCCACCGGAAUCUGGGAGGAUCUAGACGGCAAGCUUACUUCAGCUCCGGCGGUGGUCAGCGAGGAGGCGAGUCAAUCUUCCUACGAGCCCAGAGGUUACCCUCAAAGCCAUUAG